GUAAGUGCGGCCAGGUUUCGCAGCAUUACCCGGCAGACAAUCAAAAGAAAAGCUUUUUCUUCCUUCAUGAGGCUGAUUUAACUUGGAAAUAACCGAUUAUUUAUUGGCUUUACAACAUCAUGAAGACACAUCUCACUUCAGCAGCUGGUAUACUAGCUCUUCUUGAGGAGGGAGAAUCAGACUUAAAGGUUUAUGCUCUUGACAAGCUGAAUGUCAUUAUGGAUGACUUCUGGGCAGAAAUAUCUGAAUCAGUUGCUAAGAUUGAGGUAUUAUAUGAAGAUGAGACAUUUAAACACAGAAAGUUAUCAGCUCUGGUGGCAUCUAAGGUAAGAAGAAAGAUUCAAUAAUGACAGAUUGUUGCUUUAAAUGGAUUAUGAUUGGCAUAGGUCAGUCAGUCAGUCCAUCACUUAGUUAAUAAUAAUAAUAAUAAUGUUUAAUGUGGUUAAAUUUAAGCAAAGUUAACUGGGAGUGGAGUGCUGGCCAGCUGUGUGAGACUUGCGCAUGCGCAGUUGCUGCCUAAGGCCUCGUGGUUGCUGUAGCUGAGUUGCUGUUAGCCAUUGCCUUCAUAUCGCGGUUUUGCUUCUGGUUUAUACGCCUUUUUUCAAGCCAUCCUUUCUCAAUCCUCAUUGUUAGUGGUUCUUCCAGUGUUUCGACGUCUAUUUACGAUCGUCUUUCCAUUGUUCCUUGUCCUCGUGUUAAUUGUUUGGUCGAUAAAAAAUGCCCCG